AUGCUUUUGAAGUACAAUGCAAAGGUUGAUUUGGAAUGUUUAUCAAAUAGAAUUACAGGUUUAAGUGUGGCCGCCCAGGAAGGUUACGUUGAAAUAUUAAAGCUACUUUUAGAACAUAAGGCUGACAUUAAUUCUAAAAACUUCCAAUGUCUUACUCUUCUUCAUAGUCUGCAUAUAUCAGCUUUAUAUGGUCAUAAAGAAUGCUUAUUAAUUUUGUUAGAUAAAAAAGCUGAUAUAAAUUCUAUGACUACUGAUGGUUGGACUGUUUUACAGAUGGCUGCAGCAGAAGGUUUCGCUGAUAUUGUUGAUAUUUUGCUUGCGAAUAGUAUUAAAAAUGUUAAUCAUGGAAAUAAAUCUGGAGCUGCAGCUAUUUAUUUAGCCAGAGAAGGAGGUCACAUGGAAGUCAUAUAG